CUGAUCACGUGACCAAACCCGGACGCAACAGACCGCCUGACAGAAAGCGAAGCUCCGAUGUAAACACAAGCGUUAAAACGGAAUUUAUCAGUCUUCAUAGCAGCUGUAUUUAAUCAACAUUGGAGGCGACAGAAUGAACCAAGGCUGUUUAAGAAAACUACAGACUGCAACAAGAGAAAAACUCCGAAAACUCAACUCUCUGCGCGGGCGACAGGUGCAGCCAGGUGAGUUCUGGGAUGUUGUGGUUGUUUCUGCUGCGGACAGAAGUCAGAAAGAAUCAUACGAGCUGCAGAUCAGAGAGAAAACUGACAGAAAGGAGCUUCCACUUGGAGUUCAGUACAAGGUUUUCUCAGAUCCUCCUGGUCCUAAAAUAGGUAAUGGAGGCUCCACUCUGUACGCUUUGCAGCAGCUGAAUGACAUCUAUGGAAAAUGUCUGAGCAGACUGAGAGUCAUCCUCAUCCAUGCAGAUGAGUGGAAGAAGAAAGUUGGAGAAUCGUACUCUGUGAUCGUGGAGAAGCUGGACGAUGACUUCCAGCUUAAAGACAGCGAGCUGGCGGAUCUCAAACUUGCUUUCAGCUCUGACGAGGCUUUUCAGAAGGUGAACGUGAGCUACCGAACGGAGAAGGGGCUGUCGCUGCUGCACCUCUGCUGUGUGUGUGGAGGGAACAAGACCCACAUACGAACCCUGAUGGUCAAAGGCCUGCGUCCGUCCAGACUGACCAGAAAUGGAUUUACUGCUCUCCAUCUGGCUGCUUAUAAGGACAACGCUGAGCUGGUGACUGCUCUCCUGCACGGAGGCUCAGAUGUGCAGCAGGUGGGAUACGGAGCCCUCACCGCCCUGCAUGUUGCCACGCUGGCUGGGCAUCAUGAGGCUGCAGAUAUUCUCCUACAGCAUGGAGCUUAUGUCAACGUCCAGGAUGCUGUGUUUUUCACCCCGCUGCAUAUUGCUUCCUACAGCGGUCACGGGCAGUUGGUGAAGCUGCUGCUGAAGUUUGGUGCAGAUGUGAAUUCAAGUGGUGAGGUUGGCGACCGGCCUCUGCAUCUGGCUGCAGCCAAAGGUCUUCUAGGGAUCAUCAAACUGCUGAUGGCUGAAGGGAGCAAAGCUAAUGUAAAUGCCCAAGACAAUGAAGAUCACGUUCCUCUCCACUUCUGCGCCCGCUUCGGACACCAUGAGGUCGUCCAUUUUCUUCUGCAGAGCAGCUCCGAUGUGCAGCCUCACUCUGUUAACAUCUACGGGGACACACCGUUACACCUGGCCUGCUAUAACGGCAAAUUCGCAGCAGUGAAGGAGAUAGUACAGUUCUCUGGCACAGAAAGUCUUUCUAAGGAGAACAUUUUCAGUGAAACAGCACUUCACAGUGCAUGCACCUACGGCAAAGACCUGGACAUGGUGAAGUUCUUACUGAGCCAGAACACUAUGAGCAUCAACCAUCAGGGCAGAGACGGACACACAGCUCUGCACAGCGCCUGUUUCCACGGCCACAUCCGCCUGGUGCAGUUCCUGCUGGACAACGGUGCAGACAUGAACCUCGUCGCCUGCGAUCCCAGCAGGUCCAGUGGAGAGAAAGACGAGCAGACGUGCCUCAUGUGGGCUUACGAGAAAGGCCAUGAUGCCAUCGUCACUUUGCUAAAACACUACAAGCGUCCAGAUGACUCCCCCUGCAAUGAGUACUCCCAGCCAGGAGGGGAUGGGUCCUACGUUUCUGUCCCGUCUCCUCUCGGAAAGAUCAAAAGCAUGACUAAAGAGAAAGCAGAAGUUCUCGUGCUCAGGGCCAGCCUCCCGUCUCACUUCCACCUUCAGCUGUCUGAGCUGGAGUUCAAUGAAAUUAUUGGAUCAGGCUCCUUCGGAAGAGUCUACAGAGGCAAAUGCAGGAACAAAAUCGUCGCCAUAAAACGCUACCGAGCCAACACGUACUGCUCAAAGUCGGACGUGGACAUGUUCUGCAGGGAGGUUUCCAUCCUCUGCCGCCUCAACCAUCCCUGCAUCAUCCAGUUUGUGGGAGCGUGUCUGGACGACCCCAGCCAGUUCGCCAUCGUCACCCAGUACGUCUCCGGAGGAUCGUUGUUCUCGCUGCUGCACGAGCAGAAGAGGCUUAUCGACCUGCAGUCCAAGCUCAUCAUCGCCAUCGACGUGGCCAAGGGCAUGGAGUACCUGCACAACCUCACCCAGCCCAUCAUCCACAGGGACCUCAACAGUCACAAUAUUCUGCUUUAUGAGGAUGGGCACGCAGUGGUGGCUGAUUUUGGAGAGUCCAGAUUUCUUCAGUCGGUUGAUGAGGAUAACAUGACCAAGCAGCCAGGGAACUUGCGCUGGAUGGCUCCUGAGGUGUUCACUCAGUGCACUCGCUACUCAGUGAAGGCCGACAUGUUCAGCUACGCCCUCUGUCUGUGGGAGCUGCUCACCGGAGAGAUUCCCUUCGCUCAUCUAAAACCUGCUGCUGCAGCAGCAGAUAUGGCUUAUCACCACAUCCGUCCUCCUAUUGGCUACUCCAUCCCCAAACCCAUCUCUGCACUUUUGAUGAGAGGCUGGAACUCCUGCCCAGAGGACAGGCCUGAGUUCUCUGAAGUGGUUUCCAACCUGGAGGAGUGCCUGUGCAAUGUGGAGCUGAUGUCUCCAGCCUCCAGUAACAGCAGUGGCUCCCUGUCGCCCUCCUCGUCCUCCGACUGUCUGCUGGGUCGAGGAGGACCCGGUCGGAGCCACGUUGCCGCCCUUCGCUCUCGAUUUGAGCUUGAAUACGCUCUCAACACUCGCGCCUACGCCUUCUGGACUCAGAGCGAGCGUCGGCGAGCAUCUGGAGGCCUCACACUGGAGGAGCUGAGGAGGAGCAUGCAGUUCUCGCCCAUUGAUCGGAAUGGGUACGUUUCUGAUCCAAUGAGCACCAUGAGAUUAAGUUCUUCCUUCAGCAGCAGCGGCAGCUUCGAGGACAGUAACUGAACCCGUUUUAAGCUCCAAACCUUUUUUUUUUAAAUUUCCAUAUAACUGGCAUUUUGUGAAUUCAUUUUAGGUAAAACCGAAGUAGGAGACUAAUAAAUAAAUAGAGAAAGAUAUUACUAACCGACCUUAAUGCGCAUUGUAACCCUAAAAAUCGUAUGUUGGAUUUAUUUAUUUACUGCAGUAUGUUAAAAAAAAAAAAAAAAAAAAAAAAAAAAAAAAGGGGUGUAUUUUCUUGAGGCUUUUACAUCUUGUAAGGAUUUUGUGUGACAAAUUUUGUUUUUAUGUAUGUGCUUUGCAAUAAAGUACAGAAUGAUCAUGAA